UCCAUUUGGACUUUAAUUCCCGUCUAUCUUCCUCAAUGUAAAGAACUCAUCUCUUUCUUUCUCUCUCUCUCUUUCUUUUAACCAUGUGGAAUUGAAAUUUUUUUAAAAUACGUGAAUAAAAAAGUCAAAAAAACAAAAAACUGGUUUUUCUUUUUUUACUAUUUGUAUAACUUUUUGAAUAAAAAUUUAGUGCUCCAAAAAUAAAAAUUCAUUUCACAAUGAUCAAAGAGUUCUUAUUUUUCAUUUGUCCAACGAGAGUGUUGUGUUUUAAUUAAAUUUUGGGUACGCUACGAAAAAUCAUCAGGCUUACAGCCGAAAAUGUAAUCCAUAUUUCCUGGGAAUUACCAUGAGAAGAUGGACAGUCACGAGGAUUACGAUUUUUAUUCUCCAAUUUUUUUGGACCAUUGUCAAAGGAGAGUCGUAUUUUGGUAGCAGAGGUGAAAUAUGGAAGGAAACAAAAUAUUCCAGCGGUAAUGAAAAUGAAAAAAUUUUCGACAUUACGUCAAUUUAUUCGUGGACCGGUCCAAAUGCCCUGGCAAGAUCAUCACUUCUAGAGAGACAGGAAAAUCUACAAAAUAAUUGCGAAGAAUUGCCAGACAUUGAAAUUCGUCGAAAAAUCACGAGUCUCAAUGAAUUCUCCAAUAUUCUGGUCGAUGAAAAGCACAAACUUUUGUACUGCUAUGUACCUAAGGUCGCUUGUACAAAUUGGAAACGUGUGUUAAUGGUGAUAUCGGGAAAAUGGGGAGGAAGUGAUCCAAUGGAAAUACCGGCCGAUCAAGCUCAUGCUAUGGGAAUAUUUCCAAGACUUAGUAAUUACACUUUAGAAGAAAUUGAAAAUAAAAUAAUUAAUUACGAUAAAUUAAUUGUCGUCCGUCAUCCACUCGAGAGACUUUUGUCGGCAUUUCGAAAUAAACUCGAAGCAAAACACGAGAAGAGUUCGAAAUAUUUUCAAGAACGAUUCGGAAGGAAGAUAAUAAAGAAAUAUAGAGCGAACGCAACAAAGGAAUCAAUCACUAAAGGCGAUGACGUGACAUUUCGAGAAUUUGUCGACUUUAUAACGGAUAUUAAGAGAAAUGGUAGUCAUAACGAGCAUUGGAAACCAUUUUCCAAUUUGUGCCAUCCAUGUAUAGUUAAUUACAAUCUUGUCAGUAAAUAUGAGAGUCUCGUUGAGGACGCAACGGAAAUUUUGGAAAGAAUUGGCGCCGAAUCAAUAACAUUUCCGGCACGAUCAUCAAAAAAUCAACCAACAUCGGAAAAGUUAAACGAAUAUUAUUCAACAUUAAGUUUUAAGCAACUUCGUAAACUUGCAAAUUUCUACAAAACUGAUUUAAAGUUAUUCGACUAUUCCCUGGAGGAUAUUGUCGGUUUUUCGAUAGCAUAAUUUUUGAAUAUUCUUUCAAGAUCUUUUUUUACCUCAAUUCAUGUGAUAAUACAUAAGCUCAUUAAAUAAAACUCUAUUGAUACUCAAAUAUCUUAGACUGUAUGUAAUAAAAAUCUCAGAUUUAUAAAGAAAUUGACACGAAAA